AUGGCGAUGUCCGUCCCCCGCUAUCUGACCGGCGAUCCGGCCGGCAUGAAGGAAUUCCUAGACAAGUUCGAUGUAUUUCUAUUCGAUUGCGACGGUGUCUUAUGGUCCGGCGAUCACCUGUUCCCGGGCACGGUCGAGACGCUGGAGUUGCUGCGAUCGCGCGGCAAGCAAGUCGUAUUUGUCACGAACAACAGCACAAAAUCACGCGCGGACUACAAAAAGAAGCUAGAGGCGUUGGGGAUCCCAGCGAACACCGUGAGUACACACCAUAACUACCUAGGGCAGACUUCGGCCAACCCCCACGACCGCAUCACUAACAAGAAUCCCGCACCUCUAAAGGAAGAAAUCUUCUCCUCCUCAUACAGCGCCUCAAUCUACAUCUCCCGCAUCCUGACCCUCCCGCCAAACAAGCGCAAAGUCUUCGUCCUCGGCGAAACAGGCAUCGAGCAAGAACUCCGCUCCGAGAACGUCCCCUUCAUCGGCGGCACAGACCCCUUCUACCGUCGUGAUAUCACCCCGGAAGACUACAAGCUCAUCGCAGCCGGUGACGAAUCACUACUGGAUCCGGAAGUCGGGGUCGUGCUCGUCGGUCUCGAUUUCCACCUAAACUACUUGAAGCUCGCGCUGGCGUACCACUAUAUCCGGCGCGGAGCGGUAUUCCUAGCGACGAAUAUCGACUCGACGCUGCCGAACUCGGGGACGCUGUUCCCUGGUGCGGGAACCGUGAGUGCGCCACUGAUUCUGAUGGUGGGACGGGACCCUGUUGCGCUGGGGAAGCCGAACCAGGCGAUGAUGGAUGCGAUUGAGGGGAAGUUCCAGUUCGAUCGGGCGCGCGCUUGUAUGGUGGGUGAUCGGGCGAAUACGGAUAUCCGAUUCGGUGUUGAGGGGAAUUUGGGAGGCACUUUGGGGGUUCUUACGGGCGUUAGUAGUAAGGAGGAUUUUAUGGAGGGCCCUGUGAGGCCAGGUGUCUAUCUGGAUAAGCUUUCGGAUUUGUUGGAGGCUGCGGAGUGA